AAUUCUUGCUAGUUGUAGAUGAGUGCAGGAGCGGAGGGUUCCGACUCACAGUUGUCUCCUAGUGCCGACACCAGCACAUAGUCGAACGUUCGUUCCUGCAUCUGAGAUAAGUGUAUGGUAGCACUGAACGAGCGAGGACACUCUACUCUGGAAAAAGUUUGAGAUACAACGUGACUCUCUGGAAAUUUGAGGUACGUGUAUGUAAGUCGUGUAUGGUAGCACUGAACGAGCGAAGCCAAAUGGCGGGGAUGGGAGGCAGCUUUUUGGAACGGCUCGAAGCCGAAGCCGUCCCCUUGGUCGAGAUGGCAAAGGAAACUCUGCCGAAAAGUAGGGUCGUCGUCGACCUGAGGGAAGCUAGUACAGCGGAACCGAGUCGAGACCACUCCUCGGCGUCCGCUACUACGGACGGAGGAAGUAGUGUCAGCGAAGGAGAGGAACGGCCGUUGUCCGCGAGUCUUGCUAGACACCGAGCAUUGCUCCAACAGGUGUCGAGCGAACGGAAAGAGCAAAACCUGAAACUGCUAGGAGAACAGAAAAAAGCAGUACAUCAGGAACUGGAGCAACAACAAGGGCAGCCUGGUGUAGUUGUACAACAACCUGCUUCAUCUUCAUCCUCAACAAUUGGUGGAACAACGCUAGGUACUUCUAGUACAACAACAGGAACAUCAACAGGAUUGACGCCAGCCGCGCAGCAACAGCGCAUGGAGCAGGAGACGGCGCGAUCGACGUUCCACAGUGCUCGUGGAGGACCGGAGACGAUUAUGGGCAGCACCAUGGCAAUGGGGAGCACAAUGGGAGAUGAAGAGUUCUUCAAUAACAACAUCGGGAACACAACGUCGAUGACCCGAACCCAUAUGGGUACUAGCACGAUGGCAUCGACGACGAAACAGGCUUAAGCAGGGUUUCCGAAUUACAUCCAGCACUUCUGCCAUCCUUGGCUGCUCUUUUCCCACUAGAAGCCAGGGAUGAUUGGGGGAAUGUAAUUCCGUAACCUCUAACAGACCGCCGGAAACGGAUUCGCCCAACACCAGAGAGCAACGGGUGGCAGCAUGAUGUCCACAGGAGGACUGGAACAAAUUGGCGGAAGCUCCAGUUCCCGCAAUGGCUCACCGUCGAAGCGACAUCAAAAGCACGACGAAGCAGGCAUGGCAACGACAUCGACCGAGCUGAUGACGACGCAACGCUUCGACCAAAUCCAACUUGCGCAAAGUGUCGAGAAUGCCAACCUGAAAAAAAUGCUGUCCACUCCACGAACGUUGCAAGCGUGCAAAGAAUUGGGAAUAGUGCCAAAUGAGUUGCAUAUUAGGCAAAUCUCAGACUUCGCGAAAGUUGGCGAUCCUCAGGAAAAAAUGAAAAUGAGGUAUGUGAUAUUUUUGAUAUUUAUUAAGGCAACACGCAACGCGCUCACGGUGAAGAAAACAUCUUACUGUAUGUUGAGUGGAAGAGAUUUCGAGACUGACGAAUGUGUAGUAGAUGUGCAGUAGAAGAGACCAACGAAUGUGUUGUAGAUGGUUCCGAGUGCACAUGUGUAGUAGAUGGUUCCGAGUGCAGAUGUGUACUAGUAGAUGAUUCCCAUUCCAGGCUAAUAAAUUCAGCAGCAACUAGUACAGCUACAGGAUCCAAUUUUAGCAUCUUACAUCCGCCCCCUAGGUUUCAGCAUUUCGAGGGUAAGCGGCAGGAGAAGCUUCGCUUAGUCCUCGAAGCUCGGUCGAAGAUUAUUGCAAGAGAAUUUGAAUCCAUUGGACAGAACGCGGGAAACUUCUACAGUCUCCAAUUGAUGGAAGAUAUCCUGGAUCAAGAGGCGAAGCGAUUGGCGAAGAAGUUGAAGCAAGAGGUCCGGUUACAUGCAGCUGUCGAGAAGGAGAAUGAUUAAGGCACGACUUUUCUUACCUUCUCUACUAUGCUUAUGGGCCGCUCUUUAAGUUUUUAGACGGUGCAGUUGUGGUAACUUUAAUAGUACUACUUCUAAGUAGAUAAUUUGUUAGAAUCGUAGUACAGGAGACUGGUUCUUUCAGUCAUCCUAUCCAUAUCACCUGUAGUAAGCGAGACUUAGCAGUAGUAAGUCGAGCAAGUCUACUACUUGUUCUACUUCUAAGAGAGAGUCCAGUUACUCCGUGAGCAGCAAGUCCGCGAAAAAGCACAGACACGAAACGAGAGGCGAAGAUUGGCAGAGCUGAGACGACAGGAAGUAGCAGAAAAAGUGAGACAGAGGACGGAAUCGAAAUUAGAGCACAGUCGAAAUGUCCGGAAUAGUUUGGAGGAGUAUGAAAGAAGCAGACAGGCGCAGGUGCAACUCGUUGAAAAUGUUUCAUCGGCUUUUCGACGUUCUUCAGGAGUUUGACAUUGACUCACAAUUGAAGAUUGAAGAUGUAUCUUCUUCUAUGCAUGUGGAGCUGAGGAAUAAAUAGCAAAAAUAUUGAUUUUCAGCUUAUUUCAUAUUAAUUCCUUUCAUCAACAUGACUUUUUUCCACUCCUACGCCUCUACUCUUGUCCCUUUGCCACUAUAGAUAGUAUGUCUCUCCAUUUCCAGAUUCUAGCCGUUCAAUUCGAGGAUGAGAUUCGUGUGCGGGAGUUCCAGGCGCAAAAGGAAUUGGAGAAGGAUGUUAGAAACGAGCAAUGGGAACAGCGUGUGGAACUAGUGUUAAGGCUUGAUUUUUAGUAAAAUGGAAUGCGUAGUGAAAGUGACGAAAGUGAUUUCUUGUUCUAGGCUAUAGAAUGAGUACGCGGUCGUGUUUUCUUGUUCAUCUAUCCUACAGUAGAAAAGAGUGAGUCAAGAAUCAUCAUCCCCAGUCGAGGCGUCACACUUCCGCGGCCGUCAUCAACUGACACACUCAACUACGGACUGUUUUGUCCCGACGUUAGGCUAGUAGAGCUAACUGGGACACCCUGACGAUGAUGAUCCCCAGUCAAAAGACCGCCGCAUAACUGCGUAGUAUGUAUCAAGUGGCACAUCGCAUAGUUGUCUCUAAUCUCGCAACAACGGAAUCUAGAAAAGGAGUUGGAGCGAGAAAUCAGAGCAGAAACGGUCUCUCUUCGCUACGAGGAAAAGCUCGACGCUUUCGAAGAACGCAGAAAGGAAGAGCUUAAACAACGUACUUCUAGAGAAACACUUUUUCGCGCAACUGGUCUGCAGACCACUGUGAUCAUAACCUGAUUUAUUUUAAUAUCUGACUGUACCGUGUAAAAAGAAAAACAGACUAGCGACGAUGUCAUUUGGUAAGCUCGGACUGGGGACUCACCAAACCCCUUCUCAAUCACCACAACAGAAAUGGUCCGGCAUGAGGCAGAGCAUUUGAAGGUGGUGGAUGCUGUGGAACGUAAAGAGCGCUUAAUGCGAAUCGACGCGCACAGGAGGGAGAAGGUCGGCGAGCAGAUCGCGGAACAGCAUACGCGGAUUGACUCCCUCAUGCAGUUAAAACAGCAAUUGCUAGAGCAGAGGAGGCAAAGGAAUCGUACUAUAAUUGUUUUUCACCGUAUUACUGUUUCCCUUUCGCUCGUUGUAGAAUCAGUAUGGUACUAAUGGAACAAAUGCUAAAAAUGGUUCUAGAAUUUUUCAAAGGAGCGGUUCGAGAUAAUUAAUUAGACUAGAAGAUUGGUAUCGUGGUCUGUCUUGCCUUUGUCGUCGGUUUCGAUGUUGUGACGCUUCCAAUUUUCAUCAUACUGCUUUCAGAGGAGCUUCUAUCUAUCACAAUCACAAUCACAAAAUGACAAUUACUCGGCUCUUUCGAAAAUGACAGGGGUCCAAGACGCGAAACACGGCUCAGUAAAGAGCCUGAACAUCAAGCAUCUAGACCCUGGUCCUGGAGCUUACGAUGUGCCUUCCACGCUCAAUAGAAACGGCGUUGGACGUUUGCCGGAUCCAAAGCCGCUGAAACCAGUGGAAGGCAGUAUCCAAGAGAUGGUUAUGCGCACGAAGGAGAACCCGCCGCCUGGAUCGUAUGAUCCGAAACUACUGCCAUCGGGGUCGAAGGUACUGACUGAUAAGCCGAUGAGCAUGGGCAUACGCUACGGAUCCGCAUCAGGCUUGGAUAAAGCGGAAAAAGCGCAUCGCGAUAAGCCUGGGCCCGGCACGUACAACGUCGGUGGCAACUUUAAGUUGCAGCAUGUAGCGAACAUGGGGAAAAGGUACAACUACCCAUGAUCUUCGAUGAUAUUUCUUGCACCACAGCACUCUCAUCACAUACCAUAUUCCAAGUACCAUAUUCCAAGUACCAUAUUCCAACCCUAGUACUCACGUACCAUAUUCCAAGUCCUUCUCUUGAAUCCCUUCCUCCACCACCUACAGCAACGACUUGCCGACUCUGUCCGAAGCACCGAAGUGGGUCGGCCGCAUUGACAGGGAUUUGCCAGGUCCAGGAGCUUAUGCAAUCGAUGAGUGGACAAGAAGAGAGAGAACGGCAAGGGUGAUGAGCACCAUGCCUAAUUUCUCCAACCUUGGUGGUGCUAUGGCCAAAGCCCCUGCAGGAAACGCCACAAUAACUGGAAUCAACCCAGGGCUAGGAGGUAGUACGGGAGUGGGAGGUGGAAAGAAAUAACAGUUAUCUCUCUACUAGGUUGGUCGAUCGCGAUUCGAUUUUCGCCUUCUGACGUUUGCUCAUAGAGGAUGGGGUGAAUGGCCUUUUUCAGUGGUCAUUCUCGUCCACACGGGAAUAAAGCGCUUGCAAUUUUCAUGAACAGUACGCUUCUACCAAUUUAAAUUUUAUCCUUUGACAAAACUUAUCAAAAACAUCUUCUACAAACUUAGAGAUAUUACCGAAUUACUAAAGCAGACAAUACUAGAACCAAAAAGUUUUUUUGUAAAGAGGUUCGUGAAGUACCAACAAAAGCAGAAUAUCGAGAAACGAUUCGCGUCUCCUGGUAAAAAAGUCUCGCACUCUCCGAGAGUACUACAUCUGAACGAAAUCCUUAGUUUCCACGUAUCUUGUGACAACAAUACGAAUCAAUCGCUGAGCUCAUCUGCCAUUUCGCUGAAUGCGACAGCGUGUAGAGUACGAUAAGAAGAACAACACUAGUAUUAGUUUUUUUCAAAAAUCUUCAUGCAAGUGAACAGAACUGUUUUUGUUUUCACAGGAUAGUCAUUUUUGUUGAAGAUUUUACUGGAAGGGCGAAAGACAAAGAGCAAUCUAACUAUACGAAUGCUGGAAAUAUUCACCGAGUUAUGGGGCGUAGCUUAACAUCAAGGCUACUCUUCCUUCUCAUCAGUAUCUCGGUUAUUUUCGUCUGUUACUCGCUUAUUUCAGUUUAAUAUCGAAACUCGGCCCUACAUGCAGGGGAACUACAUGCAGGGGAACGCUAGGGACCACCGAC